AUGGCAGCAAUGCUUAUGCGAGUAUUCACGGCAUUCGGCCCUCCGAAAGUUGAAAAGAAGAAUGAUGCUAUCCGCUUCGGUAUCCUCGGGGCGGCCCAGAUUGCGCCUCUUGCCUUGAUCACACCCGCCCUCUCACAUCCCGACGUUAUUGUGCAAGCAGUCGCUGCUAGAGAUUAUGCUCGUGCCUCAGCAUUCGCCAGAAAGCACAACAUCCCCGAUGUUCGCACGUCCUAUGACGAAAUCCUCGAAGACCCUAAGAUCGAUGCAGUCUUGGUUCCUUUGCCUAAUAGUUUGCAUUUCGAGUGGGCUGUGCGCGCCAUUCGCGCUGGCAAGCACGUUCUUCUAGAGAAGCCAUCGACCUCUAACGCUACCGAGGCCGAGAUUCUCUUCAACCUACCUGAACUGUCACAGCCAAAUGCCCCCGUACUGCUCGAGGCAUUCCACAACCGAUUCCAUCCAGUAGUGCACAAGUUCCGGUCCUUUAUCACCCCCGCCGAUGUCGUCCACGUCCACACAGACUCUAUGGUGCCAUGGUUGAUGCUCGACAAGGAUAAUAUUGGGUUCAACUACAAACUCGCUGGCGGGAGUAUAAUGAUGCUAGGCACAUAUAACUUCGGCGUUAUCCGCUUGAUUUUCGAUGAUAACCCGUGGACCAAAUUUCGCUUUCCGAACGGUGGUAUUGCCGAAGCUUCCACCACUAUGCGUGGGCCUAUCCUAUGGAAACCGUCCGAGGCUCGCGUCACGCACAAGGAAGUCGCCGUCGAUGACAAGUCCCUCCCGGAGACACAGGAGAAGCUACGCACCCGGAUCGUGACGCUGCACGGUUUUAUCCACGCUGUUAUCUGGCACCGUAUCGAUGUUAAGGAUACCUUCGUCGUUCGGAACAAGGGGGAUCGUAUGCCGAUUAAGACUUGGACAGAGUCCAAGUCAUAUAAGGCUUACAGUUACAAGGAGGCUGGGGGAGAGUUUGCGAAUCUCCCCGGUGAGGACUGGUGGAUGUCAUAUCGGUACCAACUUGAAGAGUUUGUCAAUCGUGUUAAGGGGCGUUCCACGCAAUUUUGGGUUGAGGGUAAGGAUUCAUGGGAUCAGAUGAGAAUGAUCGACAUGGCGUAUGAGAAGAGCGGGCUGGGAUUGCGGCCAACAAGUGCGUUCCGGUGA